AUGAGCGCAUCGAGAUUCAUAAAGUGCGUGACCGUUGGGGACGGAGCAGUGGGUAAAACAUGUUUGCUCAUAUCUUACACCAGCAACACUUUCCCUACGGAUUAUGUUCCGACUGUUUUCGAUAACUUUAGCGCUAAUGUUGUUGUGAACGGAGCUACUGUCAACCUUGGCUUGUGGGAUACCGCUGGGCAGGAGGAUUAUAACAGAUUGAGACCCUUGAGUUACCGUGGUGCUGAUGUCUUCAUCUUAGCCUUCUCACUCAUCAGUAAGGCUAGUUAUGAGAAUGUCUCCAAGAAGUGGAUCCCAGAGCUGAAGCACUAUGCCCCUGGUGUCCCCAUUGUUCUUGUUGGUACCAAAUUAGAUCUUCGGGAUGACAAACAGUUCUUCGUCGACCACCCUGGUGCUGUCCCUAUCACCAACGCUCAGGGAGAGGAACUGAAGAAGCUCAUUGAAGCUCCUGCGUACAUCGAGUGCAGUUCAAAAUCACAGGAGAACGUUAAGGGGGUGUUUGAUGCAGCAAUCAGAGUGGUACUUCAACCUCCAAAGCAAAAGAAAAAGAAGGGAAAAGCACAAAAGGCUUGCUCCAUAUUGUAAUUUCUCUGCGCACAUAUCUUUCUCUAUUUCUCUUGUCUCGGCCACUCUAGUGAAGGCUCUUAAGAAGAAGAAAAAACACAUUGGGGCUUAAAGAUGGUUCAGAGUUGUUUGUGAUAACUGAAAAGCUCUCUUAAUCCUUAAAAAACUCGAUUACUUCUUCUGUUCUACUUAUAAAUAGUUUCCAGCUUUAGCUGAGACUAAUAUUGCAGUGCUAGUUCUCUCUUUUCCAUCUCUCUACUCUUCCUGCCGUAACGUUGUUUAAGAACAAAAGUUGACAGAUAAUACGUUGACGUUUCGGAGAAGAACUUGUCUUCACCAUGUAUGGUGUUACUGUUCUUAAUUGUGUCUGUCAA